AUGACUCCGACCCUUUCUAGUCCCGGAACCGUGGUCACGCGGCCCGCGUACCUCGCCCACAUCGUGCUGCAAACCCAACCGGCCAACUUCCAGGCGAUGGUCUCAUUCUACAAGACCUUCCUGAACGCCACAGCCAGCCACGAGAACGAAUUCAUCUCCUUCCUGACGUACGAUUCGGAACACCACCGGAUCGCCAUCAUCAGCACCCCAGGGGUCGGUCCCAAGGCAGCCGGAAGCUCGGGCCUGCGGCACUUUGCCUUUACCUUCCGCACGCUCGAGGAACUGGCGCUGGCGUACUUGCAACGCAAAUCCAACGGUAUCGUGCCGCACUGGUGCGUCAACCACGGGCCCACCACCAGCAUGUAUUACCACGAUCCGGACGGCAACGAGGUCGAGACGCAGGUUGACAACUUCGAUUCGGCCGACGAGGCGAACGAGUACAUGCGCACCGAAGCCUUCAAGACCAAUCCGAUCGGAGCCGAGUUCGAGCCCGAGGAGCUGGUGAGGCGGCUGCAAGCUGGUGAGGAUGAGAGAGAGAUCAAGAAGCGGGCCGACGUUGGGCCAAGGGGCAUGGAAGCCAUCAGACCCAUCUGA